CGGUACAAUCAGUAGAGCCGAGAAUUCCAAAGCGCGUGUACUUACUCUCGAAUUCUCGCGAUUCGCAUUCCGAUUUUACCCUCCUCACGCAAGCGAGCGAGAGAGAGAGACAUACACCAUUGUCUCUAUGCACGUCUAAUCUUCUCUCUCUCUCUCUCCCUUUGCCGUUUCACCCGAUUCUCUUUGGUUUUUUCUUUCUCUCUUCAAAACUUCGUCGAUCGUUCUAUUUAUCUUUGACGCUCCUCUCUCGCUCUCUUCCUUCUACGUUCUUUCUCCCUCUCUCCGUCUGUAUCUCCCUCCCUCUCACUCCCUUCCUACUGUCGCUCCCACGUCGCUUCUCGCGAUCUACUGCGGCGUGCGUUUACCAGUGGGAUCGUUCCUGAAAGCGCAAUAGUCAACUGUGACGACGUGAGUGUGUUUCCUCGAAAAGGAAAGAUUGGCCGAGUCAAGCGGGAUAAAACUGAAGAAAAAGGGAGAGAAUUAUCUCCGACGGAGCUGACGGGAAAAGUAUAUAUCGAAGAAAUCGGACGCUAAUACGAGGAGAGAAGCGAUCAAACGGAAUUACAUCGCUGAAAGAAAAAAAUAAGAGAAAAAGAAAGAAAAAAGAAAAGAACGAACGACAAGGCAACUUUACGACUCUCUCGAAGGAGUGUCGCUCGCGCGUUCGCUCUCCGGCUCCCUCCCCCUAUCCUUCCCCCUCUCUCGCACCACCCUCGCUCCGAUCCCUCCACGUUAGCGGGAGUCUCGCUUCUCCUCUUCUCCUCCUCCUUCGUUUCGUCCCCUUUUCCUUCCUCGUUGUCUUUCCUUCGUCUUUCCCUCCCAUUCGCGCGUCAUUGCCUCCCCCCCGCCCCCCUCCCCUUUCGUCUUCAACGCCGUCGUCGCUGACUUCGCUUCGGCUCCUUUUCUUUUAAACGCUCCUGCGUCAGUACGUCUCCGCCCGUCCGCGCGCGCCUGGUGCUCUCUCGUAACCGGAGAGAGAACAAUUUCGCCGUUCUCCGUCCCGUCUCGACGCCGCGUCGUCGCCGCCGCUCACUCGCCGCCUCCCCUUUGAGUGUGCAUUAAGCGUGCCCGCGCGCGCCUAACACGCGCCAACAUUCGCCAUUGAAGCAGCCGAGUACAAUUUGCGAUGUGUGAUAAUACUAACACGACGACGCAGAGUAUAGCGGACUACCUGUCACAGUUGCUGAAGGACCGGAAGCAGCUAGCUGCCUUCCCAAAUGUCUUCAUUCACGUGGAACGUCUGCUGGAUGAGGAAAUCGCGAAGGUGCGGGCGAGUCUUUUUCAAAUCAGUGGAGUGAAAAAGGAGCCGCUCGUCUUGCCGGAACCCGAGGGCGACAUUACGACGCUCACGGAGAAGGUCUAUGUACCCGUUAAGGAACACCCAGACUUCAACUUUGUCGGGAGGAUUCUGGGGCCACGAGGCAUGACUGCAAAACAAUUGGAACAAGAGACAGGAUGCAAAAUUAUGGUGCGCGGGAAAGGAUCGAUGAGGGACAAGAAAAAGGAGGAACAAAAUCGGGGCAAGCCGAAUUGGGAGCACCUGACGGACGAGUUACACGUGCUGCUCACUGUCGAGGACACCGAGAAUCGUGCCACAUUGAAGCUCGCCCGAGCUGUCGAGGAAGUCAAGAAGCUACUCGUGCCCGUGCAGGCUGACGGCGAGGAUGAGCUAAAGAAGAGGCAGCUAAUGGAACUCGCCAUUAUCAAUGGGACUUACCGGGACUCGAAUACAAAGGUUGCCGCCGCGGCAGCCUGCGACGAGGAGUGGCGGCGGGUAGCCGCCGCCGCGGCGGAGACGCAGCGCCUGUUACCGGGCUUAGCGACGCCGAUGCGGACUCCAAGCGCGCCCCUGGGUGCGCCCCUGAUCCUGUCGCCGCGGAUAUCAGUGCCGACGACUGCCGCGUCCUUGCUGAACGGCUCCGGGCCACCUGGCUCGCUCCUAUCUGCCGGUGAUCCUCACGGGCUCAUCUACACGCCGUACGCGGAUUACGCAAACUAUGCCGCCCUGGCCGCAUCGCCGUUGCUCACCGAGUACGCCACUGCUGAUCAUUCUGGUGGGUUAUUUGCUCGUUGAUCGCUCUCGUUGUCGUGUCCUCCCCGCGGCACGAGAGAAACGGAGGCGACCAAAACGAACGCCUCUCUUCUCUAUGACACGAGAAUAACGGAGCUUUUUAUACGCGGAAAUGUUCUUUUUUUUUUUUAAUUUUUCAAGAGAGAUGCGUGCGCUACAGGAAGGAUGAAGCUGUGCGCUUUUAUUAUUUUUAUUGAUAUUAUUAUUAUUAUUAUUAUUAUAUCGCAUGCGGCACGGUCUCUGACGAUUGGUGAUUCUCUCUGUUCCUCGAUGGUUCCAAUAAUGUUUGACCAUUCUUUUUCCUGUUCUGUGAAUCUCAAGAGAUUAGACGAGGAAUGAAUGAGAUUAACGAGAAGAAAUUUUUUCCUUUUGAAAAAGCUGAUCAUUAUAUAUUUUUUUAUUGUUAUCAAUAUUAUACGUAUAAAUAUUUUGACGAGGCUGUAAAAAGUUCGUCUAAUCUCAGUGUCACAAUUUUUAUACAUCACAUGAAUUCGAAAAUUAUUAAUUAUCACAGGAAAAAACUAAAUUGAAUGCAAUGUUAUAUACUGACAGCGUUGAGCUUCAGGAAAAGUAAACAUGUACAGAAAAAGUCACCAAUCGAUACGUAGAACGUAUACAAUCACGUAAAUUUGUAAGACAAUAAUUGUUAAUUACGAGCCGAUUGCUCUUAUAGUUGUUAAUUAUUAUCCAUGUUGCAUCAUCAUAGUUAUCAUUUUUUAUCGUCGCGUCAUUACCUCCGUUAUCAUCGUCGGUCGUCGUCCUCGUCGUCCCGAUCGUCAUCACCGUCAUUAUCAUCCUCAUCGUCAUCAUCGUAGCGGUUAGCGAGUAUUUUUUGCGAGAAUAGAUUAGGAUUAUAGAACACAACCGAAAUCAGUCAUUUACUAGUCGCGUCAGUUCAGAUAUUUUAUAAUUACGUAAAAGCCUUAGCGCGCGUGCGCGCGUGUAAUGUAUAUGCACCGCCUUCGAAAUAAUUGUGUCACGAAGAUUCAGGGUUAUCAAUAGCGAUAGAAAAGAAAUGGCAGUAAUGCGAGCACAGAACGACUUAGACCGUGUUUUGGUGAGUUUUGAUUCAGAAAUUGUAGGUAUAGGAGGAGAUGGGGCAGACGCGUACGUACUCGUGUGUGCUGUAUCGCGUGUGAAUGUAGCUAUACUAGUCUGAAAGCUUUUCUUUCUUUCUUUUUUUUUUACCGAUAUUGCGCCGUUCACCAGUAGCUACGUGUUUUGCCGCUUGGAAUGCAUUUUUUCUUCUCGAGCCGCCUUCAGGAUAACUGCACGGUGCAAUUUUUGCUCGGUAAAGGAGGAUAAAAAAUAUUCUGUCCGGUUGAAUUGAGAUUUCCUCUAUUUCCUUUUCUUUUGAAAUAUGUACUAUAUAUUAUGUACUAUUCUUGAAAAUUUGUAGAUUAAUCUGAUAGAUUUUUAAGAAACGUAUACUGAAGAAAGCGUAUAGUUGAAAAUGGACGAACUAGAUUAAUCAGAUUUUCGGUUUUCUCAAAUAGAAUUCUAGUAGAGUUAAAGAGAAUUCUGAUACGUUUAUUUUCAACCAGAAUUCCAAUUAUCCAACCAGACAUUUUUCUCGGUACAGAAAGUGUCUUGAAAAAAAGAAUGAAUCUCUUAUAACGUAAAAAUGUAACUUUGACUAUUCGAAAUUGAUAACGUGGAAUUUAACAGACGAAUGAAUUAUCUUUGUUUUACAUUAAUUUUUAGUGGAAAAUAUUGUUUGAAAUUAGAAUUCGCUCUUCAAACUGAUACCUUCAUAUUUCCAAAUACUGUCUUUGCAACUUAUCAACCGGAUACAGUACUUUUGUCUUCUCACAGAUCGGGCAAAUCUCUCACCGUGCAACAUAGACGUAGAUUAAGAAGAUUACGUCCAAGAAGAUUACGGGAGACAAUCGCGUUAAACUUGGUCGCGUCGAGAAUUACGGCGAAACGUUAGCCAGGAGCAGUCCCGCGGAGUCUCAUCUUCUCAGAAAGGAAAGGAGAAAAAGAAAAACACGUUGAGAUAUUUCGGAUACGCGAGAAAUCCCAUCCAGUCCUCCUCACCAGUAUCCAAAGUACUUCCCGUCGAGUGGUACGAGUUUACUGACUCACUGACGCACACCAUGUUCGAUUCCGGGCUCGUUUAGAAGUCGAACCCGUCUAGGAAUAAUACUUCUGGACUGCGUGUUCUUCGUCGCGACACAGGGAAGAUCGGCGCGUCUUUCUUCGAUACAAAGGCAUCCAGUUACCCGGUGAAUGCUCGCGCAUUCGCGCGUCUUUUAAUGUAAACCGUAA